AUCAGAGGGCGCGAAAGCUGUUCACUCAGUCGGUGCGGGGUUUUCGAAAGCAAAACUUCCUAUCGGACUCGAAAUCCUAGUUGUAGUGUAUGUGCUCAUAUGCACAACAAUUGUGUCUACUAUGAACUUCGGUCCUAUUCAUGCAAGGAAAGUAUUGUUAUAUUUUCCGUAAUUUUAUCCGAGUAAAUACUGUGAACACCCUUUUAUCACCAACAUAAAAAUAAUAUUGACGUGCGAGAUAAACCAUAUAACUGAAACAAUAUUUAUUUUACAUGCUUAUGUGCGUGAACGGUAUGUGAGACUUAAUUAAUUACAAUGCAGAUAAAAAGUGUACUCCAGGCUAGAAAUCAGAGGAACCUGCGAGCCGAACAAGAGAUUAGAAUCCAACCAAUGAAUAACCCAGAUUUGGAAGAAGGAUCAUGCUCACCAGGCAUUUGUGGACUCGAAGCGGCAUGCAUUGACUUGCGAAAUGGAUCACACCAAUGUGUCUGUCCUCAUGAUUAUUCCAGUCCACCAACGAAGGAUUUGCGGUGUCCCAACAGACGAACAGUUUCUGUUCAUGAGCUACCUCCUGAACCGAUCCAUAACAUAAUACCUCCCGUAGCAACCAACUUGACAUCUCCGAAUGCGACAUCUGCGAGCAUUGCAGCCGACUUCACAAAAGCUUCAACAAGACUCAAUCCGGUAUUUAAUGCGACACAAGCUAGAGCAGCAGCGCUACAUAACAAAUCCGCAAUACACACCCUGCACGCUGCCAUCGGUUCCUUUCUUAGCCAGGGACUCUCUCAACUUAUUGGACGAAAUUGGAGAAGGAUGUUUCGGAAAGGUUUUCAAAGGUGAAAUGCGAGGGGAGGAAAUUGGAUUCCGCAUUGUAGCGAUCAAAGUGCUUAAAGAAGCAGCAACAAAAGAAGCUGAAGAGGAUUUUAUGCGAGAGGUGGAAAUAAUGAGCACCUUCAAACAUGAAAAUAUUCUCUCCUUGAUCGGAGUCGUUCCAAGAGAUUCUUCAAAGAGCCCUUGGAUGGUUUUUGAGUUUAUGCCUCAUGGAGACUUAUUAGACGUUUUACGCAGCAACAUUCAACUACUGCGGAAAAACGUUCAGAAAAAUUUACCAAGCUUGACAAAAGAUAACCUUAUUUCAAUAGCAGCUCAGAUAGCGAGUGGUAUGUGCUAUCUCGCAGCGCAGCGAUUUGUGCACAGAGACUUGGCAUGCCGCAACUGUCUGGUUGGUGAUGACUUGGUUGUUAAAAUUGCCGAUUUCGGUAUGAGUCGAGAUGUCUACACCAGUGAUUAUUACAAGAUGGGAGGUUCGAGGUUACUACCAGUCCGUUGGAUGGCUCCAGAAAGCGUAAUGUAUGGCCUAUUCACUCUAGAAUCAGAUGUUUGGUCAUUCGGAGUGGUUUUGUGGGAAAUAUUCAGCUUGGGAAAACAGCCAUACUACGGACAUUCAAAUGAAAAGGUGGUAGAGCUGGUCAAACAAGGUACAAAAUUGGUUCCACCAGAAGAUUGUCCGUUGCACGUUUCGAAUAUUAUGAGAGCGUGCUGGAGUACGGAUCCCAGGGCUCGGCCUCAGAUUUGCGAAGUUCAUGAGCAGCUGACCAAAGUGCAAGUUCAUCCAGUCAGUCAGGAGAACCUGCCAAGACCGCCUGCAUUUCCAGUCGGCCUGCCUCUGCCUCAAGCAAGCGACACUAAUCUAGACCCUGACAACUAUCUCAAACCUCAACCAGCAGCACCCAGGGAAUAUCUGCUACCUUUACCUGAUGACUGAAUAAUGACUAGUCAAUAAUAUGUAUAAAUCUCCCCAAAAGAUGUAGUUUUGGAUUUCACAAUGAAGUGAAUUUCAUGUAGAUUAUUCCCAAAGAUAGCCUUAUUGUACUAAACACAGGUCCACAUAAUACUAAUUACAUGGUAAGCGGAUAGCUAACUAGUUACAAUAAGAGAACUUUGGUUAUUGACCAAAUCAAAUAAUAUUUUCUCUACAUUCAAGAUUAUUAUUUGACGAUUUUUUGUUGGAAAGAUGCAAUACGUGUUCAAUAAUAGUGUUUAUUUACAAAUUUAAUGAGGAGGAGUACGGUACUCAGGAUUGGGUCCCCUAAUGGCAAAGUAUCCACAAUGAACCAAAGAAGAGUUUUCUUAUAUGUUAAUAAUAUAUAUCCACAGGUUGAAGUGGUAGACUAUAAUAGCCACUCUGCUUACGGGGGAAAAUUCAUAGUAUUGGAAACCAUAGCGUAGCAAAAAUAUAAUAGGCCUACCCUAAACAGGCUACUUGAGAUCCAUAAAAAAAAACGUAUUCAGCAAACCGAAUCGUAUACAGUUGGUCACUUUUGAACAAGAACUAGAAUAAAAAAUGUUGAACUCGUAAAACUAAAAUUUUCAUACUAUAAUAGCUUAUUUUUUCAUUGUAGUUUUAUUACACUUUAUAAGUUUUCUAUGAAAAACUCUUAACUUGAUCUACUGAUAGUUAUUUUGUAUUUUUUGAUUCAUUCUUGUCAUGGAAAUUAGAGAUUAUUUAUUGGUGUCACUGUCACCCCACCAUCAACUUUUAUUUUAAAAAUGAAGAAUGGAUAAUGCUAGGUAUUGAUCUCAUUUUUAAAUUUGCUAUCUAUUCUGGUAGCCUAUAAUAUAUGUAAAAAAGACACUAAUGAAUGUGAAUGUUCUAGUUAAGUCUUUACAAUAUUCUUGAUUUUAUUGAUAGCUUUGAUUUUUCAGUUAAUCAUAAUGAUGGACCCGUUUUUGGAAAUUAUUUGUAAUAAUUAUUGGAAAAGUACAAAUUCGUGAUAUACUAUAUUUUUUUAUGGGAAAAGGAAGUUUAAAGUUAUUUUCCAAUAGAUGUUCAAUGUGUUUAUCAUACAACCAAAGAAACAAAAGAGCACGGCUGUCACAUGAAAAAUGCGGAAGUUCGAAUAAACAAAUGCAGUUUGUUUAUUCGUGAACUGAAUCACGGCAGUGCAGCACAAGGUAAACACAUUGAAUAUUCACCAACAAAUUAUAUUUAAACAGUAACUUUGAAACUCCUUUUUCAAUUAUAGUGGGUAUUUAUUUUCUAGAGAUAGAGGAAUACGUAUUCCCAAAGAUGGUUUCAUCAUGAUGUUUAAUUGACUGCAUGUUAGAAUAAAUUUACAAACCUUUGAUAUAUAUUGUUUUUUCAAUAAAUGUUCAACAUAUGUCAUUAAAUAUUAAGGGAUUAUAAAUAAGUCUUUUAUUGUUAGAAUGUGAUUGAUAAUUUAUUCGUAUAAGAUAAAUUGUUAGUUAUUCAGAAAAUUUUGUCGGCAUUGGCCCUCUUUUGAAAAUUUGAGACCCAAUACAGUGGAAAUAAAAUUAAUUAAUAAUUAAAAUGUUUUUCUUGAUUCAUGAACAAUCUAUGUAGCCUACAAUGUAAAUGGUAUCACAUAUAAUUAACGAAGUGGAAUGGUUAGAAUAAAUGUACAAACCUUUAAUCUCUUGAUUUUUCAAUAUUAUAACUUAUUAAUUAAAGGAUUCUAAAUACGUUUUUUAUUGUUAGAAUGUGAGUGAUAAUUUAUACCUACGUGUAAAAUAAUUGUUAGUUAUUCAGAAAAUUUUGUCGGCACUGGCCCUCUUUUGAACAUUUGAGAAACCACUACAGUGGAAAUAAAAAGAAAUUAAUAAUUAAAAUGUAUUUUUCUUGGUUCAUGAACAAUCGAAGUAGGCCUACAAUGUGGAUAGUAUCGAAUAUAAAAUACGAUAAGGCACCUUAUACUGUGUAAUAAUUUAUAAAACUACUGAGGGAAGAUAAAAUAACCAGAAUUCAGAAAGCUGGCUAAGUGAUAAAUCACAACAUUUUAUUUUCUUUUACACUUUCAAUGUUAUUUGUUAGGUAUAUCCUGAAAAAGGACGAAGGAGUGUGUCAAUUUCUUUGUCCAACGAACUCGACCUGUAAAAAGGUUCGAAGGUUUCCUCCACAUUAAAAGUGUACACUAUUGGUUGGGACAAUAGGCAUGCUGCAAUAAUUAUUCGAAUUACAACAUAAAAAAUUUUUAUUCGAAUCACUAGAACAUAGGCUACUGAAGGAUGAAAAACAAAAAUUAUGAAAUUUGUACAACCUAUACCAAGACUAAUCUAAAUACUAAAUAAGUCAUUCUAGUGUCUUUCAAAUACAAGAACAAAUAUGUAACAAUAAGUUCAACUACUUCAGUAUUUUACUCAUUAUAAUCACAAGGAGCCCUCUAAAAAUUGAAGCGAGGAGAUUAUUCCAUAGAGUUAAUAUAUGUUGAAAACCUCAUCUAACAUGUUACAUGGAUAAAAACUACUAAACUUAUUUCAAUUGAAGUCUCAUCAAAUCAUAAUAAGGAUAUUUCAAGAUAGAAUACACAAUCCUACUCGGAUUCUUAUACAGACUACAACUUCAAGAUAGAAUAUUCAAUAAAUCUGCAAUAUGAA